CGCGGAGCGCGGCGGGCCGGUGGUCGGGCGGUGGCGGAGCCAGAUCAGUGAACAGAUGCAAGUUGGUGUGCGCAGAGCCAUUGCGGAGGCCCGGGGCCGCUCCCGAGCACGCGUGGUGAAUAUUUUAUUCAGCUGGGAAAUAGAAGAGUACUCUGAGUGAAAAUAUGCCUCCCAAGUUCAAGCGCCACCUCAAUGAUGAUGAUGUCACUGGUUCUGUGAAAAGUGAAAGGAGAAAUCUUUUGGAAGAUGAUUCAGAUGAAGAAGAGGACUUUUUUCUAAGGGGGCCAUCUGGACCAAGAUUUGGACCUAAAAAUGAUAAAAUUAAGCAUGUUCAGAAUCAAGUGGAUGAAGUUAUCGAUGUCAUGCAAGAAAAUAUUACAAAGGUAAUUGAAAGAGGGGAGAGACUAGAUGAACUACAGGACAAAUCAGAAAGCUUAUCGGAUAAUGCAACUGCUUUUAGCAACAGAGCCAAACAACUUCGAAGGCAAAUGUGGUGGCGUGGAUGCAAAAUAAAAGCCAUCAUGGCUUUGGUUGCUGCCAUCCUUUUGCUAGUGAUUAUCAUUCUUAUAGUUGUGAAGUACCAUACUUGAUUUGAUGACAGAGAUCUUCAUUAAACAAGAUCUGGGACAAUAAUAAUUAAAAGAUUGCUGUAUAAUUUAAAUGGAAUAUAUGUAUAUAACUUUCAAAACUUCUUUUCCAAGAAACUAAGAGUCAAGUAUCACUUCAAAUUGGAACAUUGAGAAUGUUCAGUUAACUGCUUCCUUUCUAACAAAAUGUGCUUAUGAUAAUUAUGUUUAACACAAAGAUAACUUUACGUUGCUAUAUUCCAAGGUCUAAUUUGAAACUAGAUACUUGCCAGUUUAUUAUUUGUGUAUAUAGUUAAAUACUGAUGACAGUGUUUCAUACCAGUGUUUUAGUGGCACAAGGACUUGUAUUAUUGCAUGGAGAUGGGGUCAGUCUGGGGUCAGGAAGCCUCUGUAGCAUACCAGACUAUUAAGCUAAGAGAUGUACAACCACAACAUUUGCAAGAAUAUCAUUCUUUUCAUUUUAUGGUUGCUUUGAAGCAGUUUCCACAUGUUUAUGGGUGUAACAAAAGCUAAAUGUUGUCAAUGUUUCUGCCUUCAGCUAUAACUAAGAACAUUCCAGUAAACCCACUUCUAAUUAUACAAGGGAAUGGAUUAUAGAAAUAGGAAAUUCAAACAGAAAAAAGGCCUAGUAUGGCACCAUAAUCUGGAGACAAUAAAAUUAUUGGAGAAUAUUGUUGACAUGUUUGAAAGUGACCAGUACUCAUAGCUACCAGUUGUGGUCUAGUCAGUUGUCAAUUAACUCCAAUAAGAAGGGACCAGUCCUAGUGUGUGUGAAUAAAAUCCACAGGUAACUUUUUCCUUAAUUUUACUUUGGUUAGUAGUUCUUCUCUUUGACUUUAACCUUUUUGCCUGAAAUGCUGAGGUGGGCCCAGUCAGCUGUUCGGAUUUCCUAUCUGUGUUCUGAUCCACCUCACAGGAGCAGAUGUUGCACAGUCUAGUCAGAAGAGCCGACAGGAGUGAGUAGUAAAACUUGGGGGCGCAGGCCCUUCUGUAGACGACCAGUCAGCAGCCUAACGCUACGGGGUCACCGAUAAUCUCAGCCUGUUUUUAUAACGAUAAAGUACAUUAAUAUAAAAAUGCGCCAACCUCCUUAUACUGUUCAAACAAGUGAAGAUGCAGAAUAAGCGUGUUAGGAGGAAGCAUUGUGAUAAAACCAGAUUCUUCAGGAACUUGUGCACAUGGACAUCCUAGGUUGGAGGGGGCAGAAGUAGGCUCCUGGAAUUCACCGAUAUUUAAGAGAGUUAAUGAACAAUCCAGUUUAACAGAUUUCAUUUCUUUGAUCAUUUUAAUUUAAAAUGUCCAAAACAUAAAAUUUGAAUGUGUUUGCUUGAUUAAUUCUACAUUAUUAGUACCAAGAGGCAAAAUAUUCUAUUUAGAAUAGAAAGAAAUUUGGAGAAAGUGGGUCAAAAAAUACUUAGGACACUUAAAUUAUAAAGAUCUAAGUAGCUAAAUUUUAUAAUGUGCUUGAAGCAUUGGAAGAGAUCUAGGCGUUACAUACUGAGGGUGAAGUUUCUGGUGUCCGUCUCCUUCUCUAGGUGUCAGUUAUACAAAUAGCAUCUGAACUGCUAGUAAAUCCUGUGACAAAGGAGGUUAUGCAAAAAAAAAAUGAGCACUUUUAGACUUUCAGUAGCUAAUAGUUCAGGAAUGGAAAUGUUUUAACUGAAUUGGCAGAAUCAAUCCUGAUAUAUGUAUGUAUUUUAUUUAGAUUGGAACAGACUUAUAAAUGGUUAACUUUCCGUUAGUUGGUGUGGAAAUCUGGUUUCUUUAAAAUAUAUAUUGGCAAAGAUGAAGAUUGUUUCUUAAAGACUCCACAUUUCUAGUGUUUCUCUUAGUAAAAGUCUGCUACUUUCAAAGACAUAAUUAUUUAAAAAGUAAAAUUAUUUUUAAAAUUUUUAAUCAUAAAAAUAAAGGAACUAUUUAUAUGGCAUUAUUGUACAUAUGCAGUUGUGUUUGUAUUUAAAUAUAUUGCUGCUGGGAAUACUGGAGGUGGACAGGUGACUCUGGGAACUUUGCAGUAGUGGUGGCUUGGUUCACAGCUUAUCAUUUUGUCUGUCCUGGUGUUGAUUAAUCCUGAGACCCUUAAACGGGCUGGCACUUUUGUGACAUUAUUGUGGUAACACUGGAGACAGCCAUUUUAAGAUCAAGAAGCAGAGUGGUUCACAUUGAUGCCACACCUACGUCAUUCCUCCCUUAAUCACUCUUUUUCUCAUGCAGCUCAGAUCAUCCUGCACUGGAAAAAAUGAAGUUUACCUCCAAAACUGUCAGGAUUUAACAACAGUGAAGAGAACACAGAAAUUCAAAUAGCUUUGUAAAUAGUGGUUGGUACUGGGUGAAAUCAGGUCACUGUUUUUAUGUGUGAAACUUGCCCUCGUGACUUGUGUUUAACUGCAGAGACCUCGUCUUGCAGCAGUUUUGAGGUUAACUGGUCCUCCUCCUGAUUGUCAGUCAGUAAUACAGGUGGGCUUUUGCUCCUCUCUUCUAACAAAGCUCACUAGAAAAUGCCCUGAGAUGUUAUAAAUGGGGAGAUUUCUUUAUUAAAGGGAAGUUCAAUAUCAAAGCUAGAACAUUGCCUACAAUGGAGGGAGGCUAACUAGUACACCCUCGCGAUAGCUCCCUGUGGACUCCUGCUGGUGUAGUCUUUCUGUGCAUUUCUGUACGCUGCGUUAGGAAAUUAUAAUGUUGCCGUUCUUAUUACACAAAUUGGCAUCUUUGAGUCCUGUGUGGCAUGCAGGUGUCCUGUGGCUGCUUCUGCGAGCAUGGACUGAGGUCUCUGUUGCCAGCACCUUCUUUAGCGGGCUCCAUGUGCUGUCACCACCCUGGCUCUGUGUCCUCAUCUGGAGCUACACUGUGGUGAAAAUAUGCAAGAACAUGUGCCACUAGGUGUCUCUAAUUGUGUCGUGUCAGAGUAUCGCUCGGUCCAGGGGUGUUCUGUUCGUCUAAUUUUGUCUUCACGUGGAAACGAUCUUGGGGGCUGUGACCGGGGAGUCAGUGUGAAUCAGCAUGAACACAUUUGAGCACGCUGUGUGGUGUUGACAUCAGUGCAGGAAAUCGCCACAAAGCAAUUUAAAGACACCGUGGCUCAUCAGAGACUGACAGGUGCUGUACACCUUGAUCCCUACGUAGUUGUUUUUUUUUUUCAUGCCAUAGACAAACUGGCACCAGCCCUUAGACAGAUGCAGGGUAUGGGUGGAGUUUUUUUGUUUUUUAUUUUGUUUUUGAGAUGGGGUCUUGCUGUGUUGCCCACUCAGAGUAGCCAGGACUGCAGGCAUGUGCCACCAUACCUGGCUUUUUAAGUUUAAUGUUAGUCUUACUCGAUCUUUGUUUUUGUUUUUCCUGCCCCCCCCAAAAAAAAUCAAUUAGAAUGAGGGAUAUGGACAUAAACUCUUUGAUUCUGAGUGUGAGGAACACAUGGGUAGAAAUUAAAAGGAAAGCAUGACUGACCCGGUUUUAGGGGAAUACACAUAAGGGAGAGCAAGGACUGCACCAUGCUCCCGUGUCUCACCAGCUCCCUGCACAGAGCUGCGUGCUCGGCAGGGGCUAGAUAAGUGUGCACUGCUUGAAAGUCACAAAAACACCAGUGUAAGAGCCGACUGCAACACUGUUCCCUGGAGAGGGGACAUGGUUGACAAAACAGUGGGACCUUCAGCUUUACCUAGAGAGAAUAGUUCUUAUACUAACUCAAUAUAGAAAAUUCUGAUUUUACAAUAUGCAUUAGGUUCUUUUCAUUUGAAGAGGUCAUGAAAUCAAGUCACAUAUUAAUUACUUUAUGGCUGCAAAGUAAAUUGCAUAAAUCAGAGAUUUUAGUAAAAUGUCAAAAAAAAAACUGAGAAAAUUCAAGCACUUGAUUUUAUGUCUUGGGUAUAUGUCUUCUUUUUACCUUCCACCUUCUUUCACUCAACUGUUUGCUAAGUGCCUUUGACAUUUUAGAUGUAUGCUGGGAGUUGACAAAUGUAAACGUCGUGUGCCCUGUUCUUCAGCUUCUUGAUUCCUUAUAACCAUUUUUUACCAGUGUUGCCAAGUUUGGUCCUUUGUGUGUAUAUGAGAUAUGUAUUUGUAGCCUCUCCGUAGUAAACAGUGAAAUAAACUAUUUCAUAGAAAAUGAAAA